AUGAAGCGCACCUACGAGAAUGCUCUUAGACUCCUUGAAUCGAGAAGACGGACAGCCCGACCGAAAAGUCCUGGUCCCCAGGACACAGCACAGAGCCGGAAUUCUCUCAAAGGCGUCCCAAGCUUAGUUGGAAUGAAGGAUUGGCUGCAGGCUUUAGGACACUUGGAUAACGAGAUCGACAACUUAAACAUAAUCCAUGUCAGUGGCACGAAAGGAAAGGGUAGCACCUGCGCUUUCACACGCAGCUUUCUUCGCGCACAUAGCGUGAGAACAGGAUACCCCAAGCGCACUGGACUUUAUACGGGUCCACAUUUGCAGAGUAUUCGUGAAAGAAUACAAAUUGACGACCAUCCUGUACCUGAAGAUAUGUUUACUCGGUACUUCUUCGAGGUAUGGGAUCGCAUUAUGACCCAGAAUAUUGAGCAGGAUCUGGGUAUCACAAGGAAGCCUCGUUAUUUACAGUUGCUCGCCCUAUUGGCUUUUCACACUUUCAUCAAAGAGGAGGUUGAUGCGGCAAUAUUCGAGGUUCAUCAUGGGGGCGAGUAUGAUGCCACCAACGUGAUACAGAAACCUGUUGCGACCGGCAUCACGUCUCUGGGAAUGGACCACGUCGCACAGCUAGGGCCCACUAUUGAGACUAUUGCCUGGCACAAAGCAGGAAUAUUCAAAUCUGGUGCACCGGCUUUUUCAGUAGUGCAGGAACCAGGCUGCACUGAAGUUAUGCGAAAUCGUGCCCUUGAUAAAGGCACUACUUUGACGUUUGUGUCAUCUAAUGACUGCCUUCCUACUGACGGUAGAUUUCUCAGUGUUCCAGUACAGAGAUUGAACUGCUCCCUCGCACUUGAGCUUACUAAAGCAUUUCUGCGAGCCAAAGCACCAGACCACACCCUUAGCGAUGGAGACAUUUAUAAUGGUAUUGAGCGUUUCUUGUUGACUGGGAGAUUCGAGAUAAUAGAAGAAGGGAAGAUACGAUGGUUCGUAGACGGGGCGCACAACAUUCUGAGUUUAGCACAAGUUGCAGAAUGGUUUGGGACGAAUGGCAAUAAUGCACAAAAAUGUCGCGUUCUUAUUUUCAGUCAUUUGUCAGAAGAGCGAGAUGGAGUGUCACUCGUACGAUCUCUGGCACAUGCACUUGUUACGAACAAUGCCAGACCUGACCAUGUCGUAUUCACCUCUUAUGAAGAGAAAGAUAAUACCUCUACUAGUCGAAUGAAAGUCCCCCAUUCACCAUUCCAUGAUCUAUGCGCUUCGUACUCCAGGGUGUGGAAGGAUAUCGAUCCCCAUGCUACAAUUGUGGUGGCACCAACUAUUGAAAAAGCGGUACAUCUUGUAAGAGAAAUUGGGAUCCAGGAGAAUAACGUGGAUGUACUUGUUACGGGCAGCCUUUACAUGGUCGGUGGAGCACUCAGAUUUUUGAGGCCACCGUUGUAUGAUGAUAUGAUCUUGUAA